GCAGGGAGAGAGAGAGGAACAGAGGGAGGGGCAGGGAGAGAGAGAGGAACAGAAACAGGGUCUCCCCAGCCUCUCUACAUGGGACGUAUCUUUGUGGACACCCACCCCGUGCGUAUAUGGUGGAAUAAGUACUACGUCCCCUACAGCCUGUACCAUAGCCCCUACCCCCCCUACGCUGGGGGCGGGGGCUACCUCCUCUCCAGAGAUGCCCUCUCUCUUCUCCUCCACGCCUCCCCCAGGGUGCCUCUCUUCCCCAUCGACGAUGCCUAUGUCGGCAUGGUCGCACAGGCAGCUAACCUAACAGCCAGACACCAUCCUGGUUUCAUGCCUGUGGAGUACUCUCCCUCCCUCCACCCCUGUCACUACCUCAACGGGAUCAUGGUCCUCCACAAGCUGCUACCCACAGACCUGCUUAAUCUCUGGAGCUUCCUCCAGACCCAGGUGCACUCCUGUAAGGACUCUGCCCAGGAUGGGCUCACCUUGGCCGGAGCGGACGCCCCUGGUUAGGAUUGGAGGGGAAGCUGAUCCUAGAUCUGUAACUAGGUCAGGGGUAUUUUGCACUGCGGGACACAAUUGGUCUUCACUGAUUGCUCAGUUUGUCCGGGCGGCCAGCUCUAGGAAGAGUCUUGGUGGUUCCAAACUUCUCCCGUUUUAAG